GCGGUUGGCUUUAAAUAUGCAUGAGAAUUAAAACAACAAAUGCGAACAAAAUCAAUAUAAAAGUUAGUAUGAGAUGGGAUCCCUUCGUGUUUUUUAAGUUAAUAUUUAGGUUUGUAAUCGUCCUAACGAUUAUUCACCUCAAAUACAUUACAGUGUUGUGCUGCGAAAAAUCAUUAUACAGCUCCGAUUUACGCGACGUAGAACGGACCACAACGUUUUGGAAACCCAUUUGCCAUGGGUCCGAAAAAGUAUCAUCGGUCCCGUUCCGGCUCUCGUAGUCGGAACCGAAACAGGUCCAAAAUAAGUAGAUCACGAUCACCCCAAGAGAAAAUGUGCCGGAGUCGGUCCGUGGGUCGGAAACAAAAUCCCCGGAGAAUUGCGCGUUCUGAGAGCGGAAGCUCGGACAGCAGUGGUGGAUCUGCGGGGCGACAAUGGCCACCUAGCAGAGGCCAUCCCGGGUCGAGAAGCGACUCAGACAGCGACAAGAGCCGUAAACUGAAGGGCAAGUCAAAAGACCGAUCCAGCUCUGACUCAGAUGAUCCAAAGGAGAGGAAGGAAAGAGAGAAAAUGAAAGGCAGAAGAGAAGACAAAGGAGAGAAGAGGAGGGGCUGGAUUCAGUCCCAGUCCGAUUUAGGGUCCAGUGCAGACCGGAAGAGAGUGAGGGAUGGGGGGAGCAUUGACCGGGAGAGGAGAUGGCAGAGGAGUGCAGACAGAGGGAGCAGAAGCCCUAGCAGAGAGAGGGAACGACAGAUCAGGGAGAGAAUGAAAAGCAGAGAGGGGGACCGAAGCCGAGGUGAGGAGAGUAGUCAAGACGGAGAGAGAAGCAGCCGGAGGAGUGAAAACCACGGGAGGAGAGAGGAAAGCAGAGGUAGGGACAAAGAUAGGAAAAGACGUCGCUCUGGCUCCUCUGACUCGUCCAAGAGCUCUGGGUCGGAGGGCGGGGCCCGUGGAGGCAGCCCGGGGUCUGGAGAGGCCGGACCCUCGGUCCGAGAUGAGAAGAAGAACCAGAGAGAGAUGCUGAAGGCCCUGGAGACCCCAGAGGAGAAGAGGGCCAGACGACUGGCCAAGAAAGAGGCCAAGGAGAGGAAGAAGAGGGAGAAGAUGGGCUGGAGUGAGGAGUAUAUGGGCUAUACCAAUGCAGACAACCCCUUUGGAGACAACAACCUGCUGGGCACCUUCAAAUGGCAGAAGGCUCUAGACAGGAAGGGCAUUGGCCAUCUGGGUGAGAAGGACCUGAAAGACAGAAACAAACGCAUCCAGGAGGAGAAUCGUAGAGAACUGCAGAAGGUGAAGCAGCUGCGACUGGAGAGGGAGAGGGAGAAGGCCAUGAGAGAGACGGAGCUAGAGAUGCUGCAGAGAGAGAAGGAGGCAGAGCAUUUCAAAACCUGGGCAGAACAAGAGGAUAACUUCCACCUGCACCAGGCCAAGCUACGGUCUAAGAUCCGUAUCCGUGACGGCCGUGCUAAGCCCAUAGACCUGUUGGCUAAGUACAUCAGUGCUGAGGAUGACGACCUGGCUGUGGAGAUGCACGAACCUUACACCUUCCUCAAUGGACUCACCGUCACUGACAUGGACGACCUGCUUGAAGACAUCAAGGUGUACAUGGAGCUGGAGCAGGGCAAGAAUGUGGACUACUGGAGGGACAUGACCACCAUCACAGAGGACGAGAUAAGCAAGCUCCGGAAACUGGAGGCAUCUGGAAAAGGCCCAGGUGACCGUCGUGAUGGCAUUAACACGUCAGUGAGCACCGAUGUUCAGAUAGUGUUUAAGGGAAAGACGUACAGCCAGCUCCAGGCGCUGAACCUCAACAUGGAGACUAAGAUCCGAGCUGGGGGAUCCAACCUGGACAUAGGCUACUGGGAGAGUCUGAUGCAGCAAGUCAGGGUCUACAUGGGCCGAGCACGGUUGAGAGAGAGGCACCAGGAUGUGUUGCGUCAGAAGCUGUUCAAGCUGAAACAGGAGCAGGGAGUGGAGAGUGUGCCUCUCUUCCCCAUUAUCAAAGAGGAGCCUGAGGAAGAGGAUGUGACCGAGAAAGAAGACCCUCCCUCAAAGGAGCCUGGCGCCGCCUCUUCCUCCCCUUCCGCCAAUCAGAAGAGCGCUACAGAGAAGGAUGACCAAGUGGCAGGCCCAUCCACAGAGGGAGAUGGUGAGAAGGAGGGAGAGGAGAAGGGUGAGGUGGUAGAGGCCGUUCUGACCGAGGAGGAUUUGAUCCAGCAGAGCCAGGCAGAGUAUGACUCUGGCCGCUACAGUCCCACCCUGCUGCUGCCCUCAGAGCUACCGCUGGACACACACACCAUCACACCUGACGAAGACACACAAAAACUACACCUCUCACGCAGACAGCUCGCCGUCACAGGUGAUGCCAAUGAGAAUGCGGAGGAUGAGUUUGUGCGUCGUGCCAAACAGGGCAUGGGCGGGGACGAGGCUCAGUUUAGCGUGGAGCUUCCCCUAACGGGCAAGAUGUACCUGUGGGCCGACAAAUACCGUCCCCGGAAACCACGCUUCUUCAACAGGGUCCACACAGGCUUUGAGUGGAACAAAUAUAACCAGACGCAUUACGACUUCGACAACCCUCCGCCUAAGAUCGUCCAGGGCUACAAGUUCAACAUCUUCUACCCAGACCUGAUCAACAAACGUUCCACGCCGCAGUACUUCCUAGAACCCAGUCCUGACAACAAGGACUUUGGGGUUCUGCGGUUCCACGCGGGCCCGCCAUAUGAGGACAUUGCCUUUAAGAUCGUGAACCGCGAGUGGGAGUAUUCUCACCGUCAUGGGUUCCGCUGUCAGUUCGCCAAUGGGAUUUUCCAGCUGUGGUUCCACUUCAAGAGGUACCGCUACAGGAGAUAGAACUGGCUAACUGUCCAACACCAACCCAGACUGGGAACCUCAGACUGCCAGGUUUCAACCAUAGAUAUGCAAUGUUAAUGUACUUUGUAAUCUGUUGUGUUUUUAUUGGUUGUCUUAGUGUUAACCUUUUCUCUUUGUUAUCACUACGGCAACCCAGACCAUUCAGUUGUCACAAAGAAUGGUUUCUAUUUGUUUGAUCAGCUACUGCUUUUCAAUGUACAGUUGAAGUUGGAAGUUUACAUACACCUUAGCCAAAUACAUUUAAACUCAGUUUUUCACAAUUCCUGACAUUUAAUCAUCCUAGUAAAAAUUCCCUGUUUUAGGUCAGUUAGGAUU